UGAAGAAAGAGAGGGUGGGACUUUUGAUCGAAGGAUAUCCGUUUCUGUUACAGAUAAAGCUUAGCCAAGUUAUACCUAAAGAAACAAAAUCCAUAUUUAUUUUCAUUAUCAUUUGUUGCGGUGGUUAUUGUAAUAUUCUUAUUCUUCACGAUCCGGGGAUUCUUAACUGUAAGGCUCAUAGGAAGUAAGGGACCGGAAGUUGCUUUGCGGUAGACUUAAAUAACGGUACAAUUCAGGAUACUCUCUCCGCCUACGUGAAACUAUUUGAAUGGACGGAAGUUAUUGUGUUUACCUCGGGGAAGCCUACACCAUUCGGCUAACUCUUCCGGAAGGGAAUUGUAUUUUUUUUUAUGUACUCAUAAUACAACAUAGCAUCGAGUUACUUUAGAUAUCAUUGAACGUUUUAGGUCUUUUCUCUGUCAGGCAAAGGUAGUCGAUCACAACAUAGUCCAUUCCAGGAUAUAUAGUCGAGCCAAGAUAUCAUCACCGUGAGCAAAAUGGCGGGUGACAAGGACCCUCUGUCCCAGUUAAAGGAUCUGAACCACCUGAAGAACCAGCUGGAGGAGAUCCAGAGGCGUGUGGAGGACGAGGUGUCCGUAGGGAUCCCUCAGGGCGGCUCUCUGCUGGGUUCCCCCUUCCUGAAGGGCUUUCUGGCGGGUUACGUGGUGGCCAAGCUACGGUCCUCGGCUAUCUUGGGAGUAGUGCUGGGAACCAUGACUGGCAUUUUCGCAGCACAGAGCUAUCAAGUGCCAAACAUUGAGCAGACUGUCAAAGACUAUUUAAACAAUCUGAAGAAAGGACCCAAGUAGACAGGAUUGACAGCUGUCCGACUGUGAGAUCGGGGCACGGGAUUGGUCCCAGCUGCAGCUGGCUUUCCAGUGACUCGUGGGACAGAAAAUAGAAUUCCAACGCUACUGGUUAAACUGGGAAAUGGAUAUUAUGUUACUGAAUCUGGGAAUCAAAGCAAAUGACCUUACUUUUUGUCUGUGUUCUUUUCUGUCGUGAUCAUCUCAUUAUUUAUAUGCGCGUUAAACGUUUUAAAGACACCAAAGCUUGGAACUCAGGAUUUCUUUCCUUGCUUUAGUAUUGCAACCUUUUAAAGGUCAUUGAAGCCCUUGACUUCAAAUAUAGAUAAAACGCACAAAAGGUUUAUUCAAAGAAUCAAAGUAUAUUAUAUUUGUGAUGUUAUAGUGGUUACAAUGUAUAGCUCUAUUCGAGGUACACGGAUCAACGCCCUCAAAUAUUAACUUGAGCCUUCAUCUGCUGGCAGUAGUACUGUACUGAGGAUGAUUGCAAUGCCCGAUGUGGGGCCCCGGACCCCCCCCUGGAGGUGGAGGCUCCAGUGGGGGGUCCUCCUCACGCUGAUGACCCUCAUC